GCUUCGAGGGCUGUGUAGAUCGACGGAGGCCGCUUCCCAACUCGCUGCUCACUCUCCCAGUCCGCGACCUAGGGAGCCCCCCGGCAGCACGCGGGCGAUGCAGCCGGUCGCGGUGCGGGCCGUCGCGCUGCCCGCCAGGGUGCAGCUGCGGCCCGGGCGCGCCGCCGACCGGCCGGCCUUCCUGCGGGGCAUCCUCAGGGAGAAGCUCAACCCCUUGUCUCUGGACCCGGCACGCUUCACAGUGGCGGAGCGCACCGAUGGCGGCAGCGGCGGCGGCGGCCAGGUGGUGGGCUUUGGCCAGAUCAAGCCGCUGGGCGGUUGCGCGCUGGAGCUGUCCACCUUGAUUGUGGCAGAGGAAGAGCGGGGCAAGGGCGUGGGCUCCGCUCUCAUCCACAGCCUGUCGGCGCAGGCAGGCGACACGCCGCUGUACCUCACCACCAUCGCCAGUCAGGCGCCGCUGUACCAGCGGUGCGGCUUUGAGGAGGUGGCGCGGGACCAGGUGCCACCUUUCCUGCUGGCAGAAUACCUGGUGGGCCUGCUGCUGGCCUGGCUGGUCACGCGGCAGCGGCUGGUGCUGAUGCGGCUGGCGGCCGGCGGCGGCGGCGGCGGGCAGCAGGCAGAGCAGUUGCGACAGGACAGUGGCGGCGAGCAUGGGUAG